GGUUAUUAAAUAUUCUGUAUUUGUAUUGUAAAGGACUAGGUAUGAGUGGAUAUAAGCGAUAUAAGACAAAGUUGAUUGUUGCGGCGAUUGAUUUCGGAACAACAUAUUCUGGAUACGCGUAUUCUCUUAAAGAUGAAUACCAAAAGGAUCCACUAAAGAUUUAUACUAAUCAGAACUGGACAGAUGAAUCCGGAAUGAUCACAAUGAAGGCCCCUACCGUAGUACUGUUUGAUCCGAAAGGGAAUUUUGAUUCAUUUGGAUACGAAGCAGAAACAAAGUAUGCAAAACUAUCUGAAGAAGAAAAGCAUCGUGGCUGGAAGUAUUUCAGGCAUUUCAAAAUGAAAUUACAUGAGAAAGUGAAUCUUCGCCGUGACAUGAUGAUUUAUGACGAUCAGAAGAAAAGAAUGCCAGCUAUUGAUGUCUUCUCCGCAGCAAUCAAGUAUUUAAAGGAUCAUCUCAUGAAGAGGUUGCAAGACAGAAUAGCAGACUUACGUGAAACAGAUAUACACUGGGUUCUUACGGUGCCAGCUAUAUGGCAUGAUGGCGCGAAACAAUUUAUGAAAGAGGCCGCACACAAGGCCGGUAUUCCCGUUGACCAACUUACUUUGGCUUUAGAACCGGAGGCUGCUGCCAUUUACUGCAAAGAAAUAGUCGUAUCGAGAGCAAAAGAGCAAGGAAAAGAAGCACAGUCACAAUCGUUUAGUCCUGGUGCACAGUUCAUGGUCUUAGAUUUAGGAGGUGGCACUGUUGACAUAACUGUCCACGAGGUACAGACAGAUGGUACACUUAAGGAACUACAUUCUCCAAGUGGUGGUCCUUGGGGAGGUACUGUAGUAGACAAGGGAAUUGACGAGUUUCUAGACGAGUUGUUUGGACCAAAUGUAAUGAGGGAAUUUAGAGACGAGUGUAAGACAGAUGACCUUGACCUACAGAGAACUAUAGAGCUAAAGAAGAGGGCAUGCAAGGAUACUGAGGGCGACCAUGUCAAUCUUAAAUUACCGACAGCUCUCUUUGAAAGCUAUGAAGAAAAGACAGAAGAAAGUUUUGCAACAGCAUUACCGAGGAACAAAUUUUCCACAUCUGUAAAAAAGAGAAGGGACAGGUUAAAUAUUGAAAAUAAAAUAUUUUUGAGAAUGUUCAAGAUGCCAAAGGACAAUUUGGUAUACCACGUGGAAAAUUUAUUACGGAAACCAGAGCUUAGAAACGUGAACACUUUAGUGGUGGUUGGCGGAUUUUCGGAAUCUGAUAUAAUGAAGAAUGCUAUAAAAACUGCCUUUCCCAACAGGCAGGUUAUCGUUCCUGAACAAGCGGGACUAGCAGUAGUAAAAGGCGCUGUAAUGUACGGACACAAUCCAGACUCAAUUAGCUCAAGAAAACUACCUUACACAUACGGUAUAAGUGUAGCUGUAGAAUUUGAUGAAAGUCGACACCCCAACUCAAAGAAAGUCUUGCGCGACGGAAUGUACAAGUGCGAGGAUGUCUUUAAUGUAUUUAUUAAAGCGGGCACCACAGUUAUACCACAUAAAACAAGUAUAAAGUAUCCGUUCUACGCGCCAUUCAUAGGUACUUCAAUGGCAACAGUGGAGGUAUACAGAACCCAGUCGGAGAAUCCUAUUUAUGUAUCAGAUGAUGGAUGCUAUCGGGUUGGAGAGAUAUCAAUUGAACUUCGUGGGAGACCAAGGAAAGCCAAACAGCGGCUGGAUAUAGUGAUGAUGUUUGGAGACACUGAACUACACGUGACUGCAGAAGAACUCGGAACAGACAAUAAAGCGUCCGCAAAAUUCAAUUUCCUUAGUUAAAAAGGCCUAGAUAUAAAUUAACACUUUUGAUAAGAACAAAUUAUAAAAUAAUGUGUUAUUGAUGUUAUUGACAUGUACAUAGGCUAGGAAAGUAACAACACACGUUUGUUUUGGUCGUGUGUAAAGUGGUCGAUGCCAGUUUUCUGCAGAAUUCUACUAAUUGUUCCUCAUUUCUGUAUCGGAACUACUCUUUUACUGAAGUACCUAACGUCCUUGCAUGGAUCAAAUAUGGUAUUGUAUACUAUCAAAUCCAAAUCCUGACGGAGAACUUUCACCUUAACACAUGCGGACUAAAUGAACUUAAUUUCUUGAUGUCCUUUACCAGCGUCAUAAAUUUGGUUAGGCUAGAUUGUAACAAUUGUUUUAGUUUUAUUGGAAUGUUUAAAAAAUGUAUCAUUUAAUGUAAUAAAAAACUAUAUGUAACAGGUUCCGAAAUAAUUUUUGCAGAAUACUUGAAUGAUAUUAUGUAGGAAUUGAAACAAUGUUUACGAUUUUUGUUCGUGCUACAUGUACUUCUCUAUACGUUUGCAUUUGUGUAUGCGAGUAUGUGUCCUUGGGUCAUCCGGUGAUAAAUUUAUUUUCUCUGUUAUUGCAAGCUUUAUUACAAGAGUCUUUAGGACUAUAAUUUUGUGAUAACGUUUACGAUGCCAGUGAAAGACGUUUUGUUUAACUCAUUAAACCAUUUUAUGUAAUCUCAUGUCUUAGUGUUAAUAUUUUUUUGAGAAUCAAACAUAUACCGAUAUAUUUAAUACUGUUUUAUCAUAUGUGAUAUUAUCUGUAUUCAUUUUCUUUUGUUGUGAUAUAUUGUUUACUUUUCUGUUUCAGUUGUUACGUUAUAUAUCGUAUAAAACUGAACACUACUUUCUUGUUUUUAUUUACUCGAAAUUUCACAAGUCCAUGUCGUGUGUCCCACUGAAUGCCAAUGUUGGUGUUGUUUAUCUUUGUUAAAUAGGAGUAGGAGAUUUUGAAACAUGUACACUAUGGCAAAAAAAAAAUGUCUGAAACUGGAUUCAGUUUAAUCUGGACGUACGGACCGUUGAAAAAGGGACAACACAUUUCAACGAAUUGAAAGGUUGCUUAACAAUUAACAAGAGAAAAUUAUUGGCUUUCAAAGAAUUACGAAGAAACUUCUUAAACAAGUGAUUUUAAUAAAAUAGAAAGUGCCCUAAUCUUUUUUCCAAAGUAUUGUAUUUUUUACGGAAAACUCAGAUAUGUAUAUAUGAACAUUUUUACAAUUCUGUUGUACUUUCUUGAGGUUUUAUGUCAUUUUUGUAAUGUGUAUAUUAGGUUAGAAAUCACCAAUUAAAUAAAAAGAUAUUUACUGAUAAGAAACUACCUUUUGCCUGCAAUAAGGUCAUGUUAGUCAGUCAUGUAAACAAAGCAAAAAGUGAUUUAUUGUCAAAUUUGAACCCUUGUACUGCUGCUAACAGUAUUUUAUUAAACAUUUUGAUAAUAUCUGAUGCAUUUUCUGCCACUUGAAAAAAUAGGUAAAUGAAAUGGUUUUAUCCUACCAUGUCAUCGAUGUAAACAGGGUUCAUAUCUUUCACGCGGAAAUACUCGAAUAAAGUAUCACUGUUUA